ACCCUGAGAAUGGAGAGUGCAGCAAAGUCCAUUGCCAGCAAGGUUGGUCAGGUGCUGGUUGAUGAGCUCCAGGACAUCCGCGGCGUUGGCAACAAGGUCGUCCACCUGCGGGACGAGCUGGCUACCAUGAACGCCGCACUCCGCAUCAUCUCCGAGGCCGACCAGGACAAAGUCGACCAUCUCGUCCGAGAGUGGGAGAAGCAGGUGCACGACCUUGCCUACGACGCCGAAGACUGCACCGACACCUACUCGCUCCGCAUCAUCCGGCCCUCCCCACCACCGCCGGAUGACUUCGCUGGCAACAAGCUCAUCUUCUCCUGGGCCGGGUACCUGCUCGGCCGCGCCAAGCGCGUUGCCCGGUAUCCGUAUGAGAAGCUCGUGCUGCAGCGCACCCUCGCCGCUGACAUCAAGGACCUCUUGGCACGUACCACCACCAUCAGCGAACGCCGCGUUCGAUACGGCAUCGACCGGGCGGAGCUUCCAAGAGCCGCCAGCUUCAUCCCUGUCUCGGCGUCAUCAAUCUCCGCGAGUGCCCUCCGCCGUGCCCACAACCCUGAUCAGUUUGUCGGCAUCACGGAUCAGGUCAGCGCCCUGGCUGUCAAGAUCAAGGCGGCGGACCAGGAUGAGGAUGACAAGAGUCUCAAGGUGUUCUCCAUUGUGGGGUUCGGAGGGCUGGGGAAGACAACCCUGGCCAUGGAGGUGUGCCGGCAGCUGGACAAAGAGUUUCCCCGCCAGGCGAUGGUAUCCGUGUCACAAGCGUUUGCUGGAGAGAAGGACGUCAAGGGACUGCUGGUACGAGUGCUGCAGCAGAUCCUCAAGGAGAAACAACCAAAUGGUAAGCAAACAAUCACGGAAGGGGAGGCCAUGGGUACAAGUACAACCCAAGGCAACCAACUUCAUGUUGACCGGAUGGAUGUGGAUGACCUGUCCAAGAAGAUCAAGGAGCUCCUCAAGCAGACGAGGUGUCUCAUUGUGGUCGAUGAUGUAUGGAGCCUAUCAUCCUGGGAAGCUAUCCGUGGUAGAUUGGCAGAAAACAAUUGUGGCAGCAGAAUCAUUUUGACAACCCGGAUAGACGAGGUGGCCAAGGCAGCUAGUGUCUCAGAGUACUUUGUCCAUCAUAUGAAGACCUUGGAACUCGAAGCCUCUCAGAAGCUGUUUGUGCAGAGAGUAUUUGGCUCCACAGAUUGCCCCUCAGAACUUAAAGUUUUCAUGGACACAAUUUUGAAAAGAUGUGCGGGAUUGCCAUUGGCCAUCGUUAGCAUCGCCAGCCUUUUCGGAAGCUAUAGGUCGGCUGAGGGUAUAGAGAUGUGGGAAAGAGUUUCUAGAUCAAUUGGUUCUCAGCUGGAGAACCACCCUAAUCUCGAGGGGAUGAGGCGGUUGCUUGCACUUAGCUAUGACUACUUGCCUCAUCAUCUCAAGGCUUGUAUGUUGUAUCUCAGCAUUUUCCCAGAGGAUUAUGUGAUUGCCAAGGAUAGGUUGCUAUAUAGAUGGAUUGCUGAAGGUUUGGUCACCGAGAAGCGGGGGUUGACUUUGUUGGAGGUUGCGGAAGAAUACUUCAAUGAGCUGAUAAGUAGGAAUAUGAUUCAACUAGACAAGUGUUUGCACAUGGAUUUCGGUUUGGGAGAAGUGGAGGUAGAAGGCUGCCGAGUGCAUGAUAUGAUCCUUGAGGUCAUGGUGUCCAAAUCCCAAGAGUCUAACUUUGUUUGCUUGGUAGGGCGGCAACACGGAGGGAUGUCACAUAGUCGUGGCAAGAUUCGUCGCCUCUCCAUCCAUGAUAACAAUCAUGACAAGAAGCAUCAUGCAAGGCAUGUCAUUGAGGCGAUGAAGCUACAACAUGUCCGGUCCCUGACCAUGUUUCAGUCUGAUGGCCUCGGCAAGCUACUAGAUAGUCUAGGUGAGUUCAAAUUGCUCAGGGUACUUGACCUGAACGAUUGUCGGGCCUUGCAAAACAAGCACAUGAGAGAUGUCUGCCGAUUGUAUCUUCUCAGGUUUUUGAGCUUGAGGGGUACGCGCAUCUCAGUGAUGCCUCGCAAAGUUGGUAAUCUAGAGCACUUGGAAACUCUUGAUAUAAAAAACACGGGCAUCGGAGUGGGACUGCCACGAACUGUGGCUAAGCUGAGCAAACUAGAGUGCCUCAGGUGCAGUACAUGGCUUCUGCCACGGGGGCUAGGGAACAUGAAGUCAUUGCGCAUCUUGGACACGGGAAUCCUCGAUGGCCACAAUGUUCAAUUAGUUACCCAAGAGAUCGGCAAGAUGGCACAACUGCAGGAAAUACGUAUCAUAAUCGAGAGCAAUUUCCAAACGGGUGAGUUCAUACAGGAGUCUUUGCCUAUGCUUUCCACGUCCCUGAGCAAGACAAGCAUUCUGCGAUCGCUCCACCUGGAAUGGAAUCCUUCACCAACGGAGAGUGCGAUCAAUUUUGAGUUUCUCCACGGCGUGAACCCACCGCCACCACUACUCCAACGCCUUAGUUUGAUUGGGCGCAUUAUCCAACUUCCUGCCUGGAUCUCAUUACUCACACACCUCACAAAGUUUGAAGUUGGAUGGUCACAACUUGCCGGCGACCAGUUAUUUGGUGUCUUGUGUAAGUUGCCCAACCUGCAGACCAUCCAACUGGGGGAAUAUAGCUACGUGGGCCCAAAACUUGUUGCGCAUGAGGACCAUAGCUUCCCGGUGCUGAAGAUCCUGAAGGUUUCACUAUGUCCUACCAUGAUCAUCUUCGAGGAAGGAUCAAUGAAAAAGCUCGAGACACUUGCAUUCGUGGUUGAUGACAUGAAUAUGAAUGUUCUCGGUCUCGAGAACUUGGAGAACCUUAAAGAGGUUAAAAUCCGUGGUAAGGAUGACAACCAGGCAAUGAAACAUGCAGUGGUACAGCUCAAGACUCUCUCUGAGUCCAAACCGAUCAAAGUUGUAGUGGACGAACUUUCAUAUGUCCCUAGUUUUUGAAGCGGAUUUUCUAGUGGCGUAGGUUUCUAGCGAUGUCCUGGUAGCCAAUCAGAGUGUGCCA